AAGCAGAGACAAUCCUCUUCGAGUUUAUCGUCCCCUUCCUCUCAGGCCACAGCCGUCUGUAAAACGACUUUUCCUUGUAAUCCAGCCGGACAACCUCCUUUCCCGCCGUCUAUUUCGCUGUCCGACGAAGAGUCUCCCGACGACCGAAGUCCUCUCAAGUCUCAAGUCGUUCCGCCUAGACCCAAGGAAGAUCUGGGGAAAAUGCUAUUGUCAACGUCCCUGCGUUUACUCUGUCCCGCUAUCUCAUUUAGUUCACUACUUAAGCUCAAGUCUUCAACUCCAAGGUGUUUUCGCCUUCAAGAAUCAAUGGUUGGUUCAGGUUCGGCUAUGGAUAGUUCAAGUUGCACGUUGGUGCUAUGUGGAAAGUCGUUGGUGGAGAAUGAAAUUGCUGCAUCUCUGAAGAAGAAUGAUACUAUUAAGCUUUCUGAAAACACUGACCUGUCUGUGUUCUUGAAAUCAGAAAUUGAUAAGUUGUACAAACAGCAAGAAAAAUCUUUCGAUAUGGAGCUUUACAUGAAUUGUCUUUCGACACUGAGAUUCGGAAGACUUUUAAUUUGGUCACCCCUAAUAACUUCCACUCAUGAUGUUGUUUCCAGCAAUUUCAGUGAGCUUCCAAUCGGCACAGUUUGUGUUGCUGACAUACAGUAUAAAGGACGGGGUCGGUCAAAGAAUGUUUGGGAAUCUCCUGUUGGUUGCUUACUAUUUUCAUUCACGGUUCAGAUGGAGGAUGGGCGAGCAGUUCCUUUGCUGCAGUAUGUAGUUUCACUUGCCGUUACAGAGGCAAUAAAGGAAGUUUGUGAGAAGAAUGUAAUUUAUCCUUCAUAUGAUGAAAUUAACCGCUUUUUUCAGGGCUUACCUUAUAUGAGUGCUCGAAUAAAAUGGCCAAAUGAUAUUUACUUGAAUGGCCUCAAAGUUGGAGGUAUAUUAUGCACAUCGACCUACAGAUCGAAGAAGUUCAAUAUUAGUGCUGGUAUUGGUUUGAAUGUUGACAAUGACAAGCCGACUACAUGCUUGAAUGCCUUCCUAAGAGAAAUAUCCCCUGCGGCUUGCCACUUAACCAGAGAGGAAAUUGUGGCUUCAUUUUUCAACAAAUUCGAAAAGCUUUAUGAUAUAUUUAUAAACCAAGGUGAAUAUCCUUUCAAAAAUAAAAUGAAAAAUCACGGAUUUGGACCUCUCGAGGAACUCUACUGUGGAACAUGGCUGCACAGUGGACAAAGAGUAAUCAUUCAAGAAAAGGAAAAGGAUCAAGUCACGGAGAGUAUGGUAACCAUUCAGGGUUUGACGUCCUCAGGAUAUUUGUUGGCUAUGGGUGAAGACAAUCAAAUGUACGAGCUUCAUCCAGAUGGAAAUAGCUUCGACUUCUUCAAAGGAUUAAUCAGACGGAAACUGGAAUGAAAGAUGCAUGCAGUCAAGGAAAGUUGGAGGUUAUGCUCUGCCAGCUGACAAGCAGUUUCACGAUGGUAUCUUUUUGCAUCCUUUGAACAGUUUUUGUGGCAUGAUAUGUAGCUAUUCAAACUAGAGGCAGUCCUAAAAUCCAAAGGCUUUCAAAUUGAGACAAGUUCUGGCCAUUAGUUCUGUUUGAGGCUUGUGAUUAUGCUGCUGCAAAUGUGAAAUGGUACAUCUCUUCUCUUAAGGACCCGUGUUUAGUCAGGAUCUUUGUGUUGAUCAAAUCAAUAGAAGGAGCUCUUACACACUAUUAGCUAUAGUUUCUGUGAUUUGACUGAAUUAACGAGCACACAUAAUGUGCUAUACAUAGAUAAGCAUGUUAAUCCUCUUGUUCUGUGAAUGUUGCCACAUCUCCCAAACCUUCAGUGACUAGACUACCAGACCAUCUACACCACCUCACCAGACUUUCUCAAACUUGAACAAUUUCUCUUUUGUAUCAGGAGAGCCUUUGAAAAAAUAAUGAACCACUUGGUAAGGUAUACUUGGUGGUCGCUCGAAAAAGUAAUGAGAUUGCACCAUCAAGUUCUGUAGUCUGGUAAAAGGAGACGAUUCCAAUUCCAUCAAGGUCUUCAGUCUUGUGAGAGGAAAUUGGCAUUGUUCCUUUGGAAUGGACCACCAGCUUUCCUAAUAAUAACCAUUUGAUUAGUAGUUAUUGUAUGAGUUUAUUGUACUAACCAUAGUAAUCUGUAAGUAAUUACUCACCAGGUCGAAACGCAGGAUGAGAGACUUCGUGUUAUGCAAGCCACGAAAUAAGUUCAUACAUUGCCUCUCUGUUGUGUCAUUGUCCAGGGAAUGAUCAUAUUUCUGCUUUGUCCACCAAAGACGAAUGUACGCGUGAUCCAGCAAAGGAAGGUUCAACUCCGGGAGCUUCUCUGUGCUCGCCUUAUCACCAGCACGAAAAUAGAACGAUUUGAGCUUCGGAGCAAAAACUUCGACCAGCUCGAAUGUUCUAUAAACUAGAUGUUGAAUUUCGAGGUCCAGCAGCUUGGGUCCCGAUACUUUUAGUAAGCAUCUCGAUGUUGUGCAAUUGAUUACCUUGAGGUGGUACAGACUAGGGAGAUUAGAGAAAGGAUCAAUCAACUUCCCUGAAACAGAACAGUAGAACAAACACUGUCGCAGUUCCAAUGUCGUCAGCAAUUUGAAGCCCGGAUCACAACCAAGCGAACUGUUUUUCAGAUUCGAUUUGUGCAACUUGAGAGUUUCAAGAGAUCCAUGGAGAUUGUGCUCCACCAUUGCACAAGCCAUAUCGCGGAUAUCAGCUGGAUGACACGAUUCGCUGAUGGAGACAUGGCUAAUGCGACCCUGUGCAGCAGCUAUGUAUUGCAUUACGCUGUCGAAUAUUUCUGUACCAGCUGAAUGUCCACGAAGUGCCUCUCCCCCAAAGUCGUAGCUAAUGCUGCUGACCGCAGUUGACUCGAAUCGAAGAGACAGGAACUUGUCCACGUGUUUCUGGAAAUCGGACUUCUCUCUGAAGCUGGAGUUCCUGCUGAAGUUGAGGACAGGGACAUCUUUCCAUAAGCAUCUCCACCUUCUGGACAGAACGCUGGUCUGGACGGUGGAUGUGGUGUCGAGGAAGGACAGAAUGUAAUGCAGAAUGUUGUUUGGAAGAUGGCUCACUCUGUCUUUUGCUCUAACACUAGAGUUAACACGGCUCGUUUUCGGGGUUUUCUUCGAGUACUUUGACGAAGCCAUCAUAGUAGGUAUAGGCGUAUAGCACUGCAAACAAAUAUCGCUUGUUUGGUGCAUACAGAACGCUACGAAUAUAUAUAUAUAUGCAUGUCUUGAUCACCAUGGUCCAUUGAGUUGGAGAAAUCAAGCGUCUACUACUGAGUUAAAUGAGUUUACAAGUGAAUCGUAUCUGCAUGUCUUUUAUCACCAAGAUACAGAGAAUUGCAAGACUUGGGAUCGGGAGCGCCACUGGCAAUUCAAAGGACCGACAAACUAAUGUGCACGCUUACGGGCCGCAUUAUACGAAAAGGCUCUUGAUUUAAAUGCGAUAAUAACUUGGAU